UGUUUUUUACGUAAAACUUUCCGAGAAACACGAUGAAACUAUCAAAUUCAAAUAAGAUUGGCUGCAUUUGCCGAAAAAUGCAAGUUUUGUUUUAAAAUACAAACUCAAUUUAUCCAGUAACACCUCCGGUCAAAAAUGAUAUUACCACAACCUGAUGCUACAAAUUUUAUUGGGCGAAUAACCGCUAAACUAAUCAACAUUUCCUUCCGUCAACAGAAUUAUGGGUACAGAACCCUACACGCAUAAACUGAAAUGAUAAUUUUAAUAAAAAUACCUCUAGUUCUAUACAUAGAUCACUGCUGCAUCUUAGUUCACCCAAAAAAAAACUGUUUUUAUAUCUCCCUCAUCAUCAAUUUAUCAAACUCGCACCAUUGUGCUUCGUAUCUCAUAAGCCGAGUGAACAUGCCAAAUCCAAAAUCAAUGUUUCUGUUGCUGCUGCCCGUCGUAGACGUCGAGCUGUAAGUUUCUGUAUAAAAAUAAACCCGCUGCUCCUACCUGUGUAUGGUUCUUUUAUGACCGACACAGAAAGAAAAAAAAAACACCAACGAUACACUCCUGCUGCUCCACAGCGAAGGGGAAUUUUUGAAGGUGGCAGAGAGGUUGAUUGAAUUACGACUUUUUUGACGGUAUAAUGAAUGAGCAGUGGUUUCCCGUGGAUACCGGGCGCAGUAAAUGGAUCCGAUAUGAUGGGAUGCAGGGACGUGUUUUGCACGCCGCUUCUCGUCUACACUGGCAGUUUAACCCAAACUCGUAUGGCGCUCCAGAGACCGUGUAAAGAUUGCAUUUCAGGCGACACGAUAUUUUCGUCCUCAAUCAUUAGUGCUUUGACUGACGGACUGUUAGUUUCCGUCGAUAAGUUAGCUGCCAAAUUGAGCUGCAAAAUACAAUUUGGAUAUUCACCGAUCGAAUCUAAUUAAUGAUCCUUUUUUGUCACGUGGUGUCACGGUUUUAUCGGUUUGAGUUGGCGCGGGAUGAAGUCUAUUCAUUCCAUUUUCCUGUUUUCAAACUCACUUGCAUAUUUAAAAUAAUAGGGCCAUGAAAGCUACCCUGAGGAACCUCAGACAGGAAAUUUAUUCCAGCAAAUUAUUUCCCAUCACUUUAACAAAUCAACUCGAUCACAGUUGGCCGCAUUCAUUUUGACAGCGCUCAAACUCACAACUAGGUAACAGUUCGAGCAAUGACCGAGCAAAACGGAGAUACCAGUGGAGAGCAGAAUUUUACCAACACCACCAGCGAGUACCGUUCGACAACCUCGGAAUCGACGAUCCUUCCAUACUACGAGCUACAUGUACCGCCCAGUCUGCUGAAGAAAUCCCCCAGCAAGAUCGAAUUCCGACUGGUUCCCAAAGCGACAAAACCCAAACGAGCUUCAACACUGCACCGGAACAUCUACACUCGAGCCCAGUGCAGUGGUUCUUGCGGCUCGUCACGUCCUGCAGUCAAGGAGCACCAGGCGAAACCCAACGUUCGGAGAAGUCUUAAACGAGUGUUCUUUAAAUUUAAUCAAAAGUGCUGCCCUGCGGCGGAGCCCAAUUGCCCUCAGGAUGAUGAAGUUAGUCCACAGUUCGAAAAUAUGGAAAUCUACUAUUUCGACCAUGGCAGGCCGGAGUUCUACCGUACCACUGAUUGUCCGCCACAUUUGGUCACGGAAGCUCUCGCUCAGUCGACGCACCAUCAUGCCACCAAAUUUUGGGCCGAAAUUUUCGGCACCAUUAACAUUGGAGCAACGUUCGUCAUUAGUUUCUGGCUGCAGCUGUAUCGGUUUCUGCUGUAUGGCAUUCUGCGAGCAAUUUUUGUAGGCUUUCUACAGAUCACUGCCGAUUAUCUACUGAAACCACUACUGGCGGUAAUGUUUAACGGCUUGAUACAACCGCCGAUAGUUUUCGUGCAUAAUAUAUUGACUGCCUUGGGUGACAUGCUGGAACCCGUAGCGAAGUUAUUAGGAAGUUUCAUUCAACCCUUUUCAAGAUUAAUUGGAUCGCUGCGUUUCAUCGAAAAUAAAACCAUACAUAAAAAAAUCAUCAAAAAGCGACGAUUCGACGUGUAAAUUUGCCUUUUCUUUUUGUGUAAAGUUGUACGAAUCGAUUUUCCUUGCUGCACACUUAAUUUAAAAGACGGUUCUACUAAUUCU